AGACGGGGUUUCACCGUGGUCUCGAUCUCCUGACCUCGUGAUCCGCCCGCCUCGGCCUCCCAAAGUGCUGGGAUUACAAGCGUGAGCCACCGCGCCCGGCCAAAACGUAUAUCUUGAAUCUGAUCACUUUUCGCUAAAAUAGGUAAUGCUGUAAUAUAGCAAUAGAUAAUGCUAGAAAAAAUAAUUAAAGCUAUAGAUAUCAUCUAUUGUAGGUUUAUUCGCAAAUGGAUAGGAGAUAUCUACUAUCAGGAACUACAAACACAGUCUCCGUGCUGUGAUCCGCUUUCAUAGGGAAUUUUGUCUGGGAUUCAAGCAGCAGCAAGUAACCCAUUUCGCCCUCCAUCUCUGCUCAGGGGUAAGCCCUGGCAGCGCUCCUACCUGGAACCUACACUGGCUUAGUAAGAUGAGCCUGCGCCCACUCCAGCCCUCGCGCAUGCGCAUAAAAGCCCACUCCCGGGGGCGGGGCCUGAGCUAGCUGGGCGGGGCCUGAAGGAGCCGGGAGCUCCUGCAGCUUCACCGCGUUACUAAGAGACGAGAGGGUCGCGGAGGCCACAACACUUGGCCUCUCGCUGGCCCUGCCCGCGGAUCCCGAGUAGAGAACGCGAGCACCCACGCCCGCCUGCAACCUCCCGGGCGCCCCCGGCCUCUCCUGCUCGGCGGAACGAGGAUAACCCCGUAGAGCCGGACCCAGGGGUGGGUGGAUACGUCGCUGGAGGCGGGGGCCCUGCCCGCCAACCCCUGGGCCCCGGCCGUAGCCCCACCCCGGAAGUUCUUGCCCCGCCUUCUCCGCCCCGCCGUUCUCUGCUGUCUCCUGAGGUUUGCCAGGGUCAUCCCGUGGUUUUCAUAUCUGUUCCGUGAUUUUCAGGGAGGAGGGUCACUAUUUGGCCCUUCCAGAAUCUCAGGGUCCGGUUCUCCCGGAAGUUUCCGGGCUGCCCCGGACCCCAUUGGCUUUAGGGGCCGCGACUCCGAGGGCUCCGAUUUGGGCCCUAGAUUUUGGAAUACUGUGUUUUGUCCAUCCCAGCCUUCACCAGGCGGAUUUCACCUUCCACACGAUAUUAUUGAUAAUAAGGCCACUGUAACCAUGGCUAGUUCUGACGUAAAACCAAAAUCAAUAAGUCGUGCCAAAAAAUGGUCAGAAGAGAUAGAAAAUCUGUACAGAUUUCAACAAGCAGGAUAUCGGGAUGAAACCGAAUAUAGACAAGUGAAACAAGUUUCUAUGGUAGAUCGUUGGCCAGAGACAGGAUAUGUGAAGAAACUUCAGAGAAGAGACAAUACGUUCUAUUACUACAACAAACAGAGGGAAUGUGAUGACAAGGAAGUCCACAAAGUGAAAAUUUAUGCUUACUAGCCUGUCUUCUUUGUAUUACUUGUCAAUUAUAUUUUAAGAAUUCAUCAUUUCAUUCUACAUCGUGUAAAUGUUUGUCAUUUUAUGAAAUAAUUCAAGAUGCAGUCUUCAGUUUAAUGUUUUGUGAAACACAAAAGCCAUGAGGAUUGCUAUCUGCUAAUCACCUUGUCUUAUUCUAAGAACUGGCUGCAGAUGCAUUAAAGUUUUACUUUCUUGGU